AUGACCGCACCCGUCGUCGGCCACGCCCACGACCGCGCGCGGCACCCCAUCAACAUGGAAGGGGCGGCCUCGCUGGCGAAGAACAAGGCGAGCACGCUCCCGCGGCCUGGAAUUCGUGGCAGCCGAUCGAUCCCCUCCUUCCCUCCAUCAACCCCAUCCUGCUGCGAACCCCCAACCAAGCUGGAGUACCGUACCAUUAUAGUUGCCACAUCCUGCCGCUCCAGACUCCAGACACAACAGGCGGGCGGCAGGUCCAUACCCUCCCUUCCUCCUUCCCACUCUCUCGACGCACUCUCACCGUUCCUCGCCAUCCCGGCCGACGACAGGACGGGGAGGCAGGAGGAAAAGCCUGCGUGUCGGUACACAGUGGCUCUCUCCCAAGGCCGGACUGUGGACGACCGACCGAUCCACCCACUCCCAGCAGAGAUUGCCGGGGGAAGUCGUGGGACCUCUGAGCAAUCAUCCCUGACUUGGGCGGGAAGCACGCACGGCUCAGGGAAGGGCAAUAACAGCCCACGGACCCGACGCAAAAAGACCCUGGGCUACGUGACUGCCCACGGUGAGGAGAACCGGAAGCACUGCACGGAUGCCGGUCCCGACUCGCUGGAGCUCGCUGUUUACCAAGAUUUUUUCAUGCUACCCAACCCCUGA